AAACGUUCAAGAGAGAGAGAGAAAGACAAUGGCAUCAUCCACAAAGCUACACAGCUUCUGUUCUCUGGCCAUGGCUGCCCUCUUCCUUUACUCUGCCUCUGUGCAGCUAAAUGACCCUGAUUGGUACUUUUGGCUUCCUCUAUAUUCUGGCGCUUGUAUUGUUAAUCUUCUGAACUGUAUCAUCUCCUCCAAACCAAUCAAGAAUCUCGCCGAAGCUACGUUGUUCCUUGGAAAUUUUCUGUUCAUCAAGGUUGUUGUGGAAGAUUUUAGGAGUGGAAUAUCUGGUUUCUGGUCAUUGAAUUUGAGUGAAAGAGUUACAAGGGAGAAAAUUGGAAGUGGGUUGGUAAUAAUCUCAAUGGCUUUACAGUUAUUGAGAUCAAAUUCUCCACAAGUUUCCGUUAUCAAGCACAGAAUUAAGUUUCCAAGAUACAUUGAUUAUGGAAUGGCGAUCUUGGUAGGUUUCAGUUAUGGGCUUCCCUUUGUCUUCUUUCGGUUCAGAAACGUCAAAUGAGUUUCGGUUACAUUAGAUGGAAAAGGCUCCGAUGGGAAAUUGACUCCGACUGAUCCAUCUCUCUUGAAGUGGGCUUGUGGUGUGUAUGGGGAUAGUUUUGCGGCAGAUAUGGGGACGGGGCAGAAAUCAUGCACGGAGGUAGUGCAUUUUAAG